AUGUUAAUAACCCCAUUCAACCAAGAUGAGAGUAUGAAGUAGCAUUCUCUGCUACAAUAAACGAUAACAAUGGAAGCUUUCAGUUUCUCAUUAUCCACUUCACACUUUCCCUUACACUCUAACCACAAUCCUUCCUCCUUUUCCCUCUCUCCCGCCAAAUCCAUUUCCUUCUCCUUAAAACCACCUCCUGACUCCAAUAACAACUCCGCCUCUCCCACCUCUCUCCCCUUCCGCCGUCCUUCUAAACCCCCCAUUCUCAAAACUACACCCCCUCCUCCUAACCCUAAACCUAAACCUAACCCUAAACCUUCUAUCUCAAACCCUCUUAAAAACGCUUUCCAUUCCUCUAAUCCUCUUUCUAACAAGCUCUGGCUCACUAGCAAAAUCUCUCCUCCUCCACCACCACCACCACCACCACUACCAACUCCGCCACCACCGUCACCGCCUGAAUUGGAAUCAGAUGAUGAAAUUUUAGAAGAGGAAGUUGAUGACGGAGAAGGUAAAAAUUCCGGUUCCGAUGACCGGAAUCAAUUCCGGCAACCGGGGAAAAUAUUUAUAGGUAAUUUACCAGGAUGGGUGAAAAAACAAGAGGUUUCGGAGUUUUUUCGGCAAUUUGGACCGAUAAAUAGUGUGAUUUUGAUUCGAGGUCACAAUGACGUUUCGAGAAAUGCUGGGUUUGGGUUUGUGAUUUAUGAGGGUGAGACGGCGGAGAAUUCUGCCAUGAAGGCGGUGGAAUUCGACGGUGUUGAGUUUCAUGGGAAAGUUUUGACAGUGAAGCUUGAUGAUGGGAAGAGGUGGAGGGAGAAAAGGAGUGAGAGGGAAAAGUGGUUGAGUGGGAAUGAUGAGAAGGAGUAUCGGUCUGAGUGGCAUGAAGAGAGGGAUGGUUCUAGGAAGGAGUUUCAGAAGGUUUUGGAAACUGAGCCGGAGAAUUGGCAGGCGGUUGUUCGUGCUUUCGAGAGAGUUAACAAGCCUGCAAGAAAAGAAUAUGGUUUGAUGAUUAAAUAUUAUGCACGACGAGGGGACAUGCAUCAUGCACGUCAAGCCUUUGAGAGCAUGCGAGCCAGAGGAAUUGAGCCAUCUUCACAUGUGUACAGUAGUCUUAUUCAUGCUUAUGCAGUUGGUAGAGACAUGGAAGAAGCAUUAAAUUGUGUAAGAAAGAUGAAGGAUGAGGGCAUUGAAAUGAGUAUAGUGACCUACAGUAUAAUUGUGGGCGGAUUUGCUAAACUGGGCAAUGCUGAUGCUGCAGAUAACUGGUUUAAGGAGGCUAAAGAGAGUCUUCCAUCUUUAAAUGCAGUCAUUUAUGGGAGCAUAAUUUAUGCACACUGUCAAGCUUGCAAAAUGGGCCGAGCUGAAGCCUUAGUGAGGGAAAUGGAAGAACAGGGGAUAGAUGCUCCUAUUGACAUAUAUCAUACCAUGAUGGAUGGUUAUACAAUGAUUGGCAAUGAAGAGAAAUGCUUAAUUGUGUUUGAAAGACUUAAGGAAUGUGGUUUUUCUCCCUCGAUUGUCAGCUAUGGUUGUCUUAUUAAUCUUUACACCAAGAUAGGAAAAGUUUCUAAAGCAUUGGAGAUUAGCAGAGUGAUGAAAACUGUUGGCAUAAAACAUAACAUGAAGACCUACUCUAUGUUGUUCAAUGGUUUCGUGAAAUUGAAAGAUUGGGCCAAUGCAUUCUCCGUAUUUGAAGACAUUACUAAAGAUGGUUUGAAGCCUGAUGUAAUACUUUACAAUAACAUUGUAAAAGCUUUUUGUGGGAUGGGUAAUAUGGAUCGUGCCAUUUGUAUUGUGAAGCAAAUGCAGAGGGAGAGGCAUAGAGCCACAACACGCACAUUUUUGCCCAUUAUACAUGGUUUUGCUAGAGCUGGAGAGACAAGGAGAGCCUUGGAGAUUUUUGAUACGAUGAGAAGGAGUGGCUGCAUUCCCACUGUACACACAUACAAUGCUCUUAUUCUUGGGCUUGUUGAGAAGUGUCAGAUGGAAAAGGCUCUACAAAUAUUGGAUGAAAUGAAUCUAGCUGGUGUUAGCCCAAACGAACACACAUAUACAACUCUUAUGCAAGGUUAUGCUUCAUUGGGUGAUACUGAAAAGGCGUUUCAGUAUUUCACGAUAUUGAAGAAUGAUGGCCUGGAGAUUGAUGUAUAUACUUAUGAGGCAUUGUUGAAGGCAUGUUGCAAGUCAGGAAGAAUGCAGAGUGCCCUAGCUGUCACAAAAGAAAUGAGUUCGAAAAAGAUUCCUAGAAACACCUUUGUCUACAACAUUCUAAUUGAUGGUUGGGCUCGGAGAGGUGAUGUUUGGGAAGCUGCAGACCUGAUGCAACAAAUGAGAAAGGAAGGUGUUCAACCGGAUAUCCAUACCUACACUUCUUUUAUAAAUGCUUGUUGUAAAGCUGGGGAUAUGCAGAAUGCAACACAGGUUAUUAAAGAAAUGGAAGCACGUGGCAUAAAACCAAACCUUAAAACCUACACCACUCUUAUACACGGUUGGGCACGUGCUGCUUUUCCAGAGAAGGCUUUAAAGUGUUUUGAAGAUUUGAAAGUGGCUGGAUUGAAACCAGACAGAGCAGUGUACCAUUGUCUUAUGACAUCUUUGCUAUCAAGAGCCACCAUUGCUCAAUCAUACAUUUAUAGUGGACUCUUGUCUAUAUGUAGAGAGAUGAUAGAAUCUGAGAUUACUAUUGAUAUGGGAACUGCAGUUCACUGGUCGAGAUGUUUGCGCAAAAUUGAAAGAACUGGAGGAGAACUGACUGAAGCCCUACAAAAGACCUUUCCUCCUGAUUGGACAUCGCAUAAUAUUCUUGCUGUUAACUGUGAAAUAGAAACCGCUGAUCCUGAAAUUGAUGUUCACGAUGAUAUUGUAUAUUAUUCCAGUGAAAGUGAUAACGAUGACUGUACUCAUGACGAAGAUUAUGGUGAUGAGACAGGUGAUGAUUUUUAAUUGUUAUAGUAAAUGGAAGUUGCCAUAAUGCCAUGAGUUUUGGGUAUUGAACUCUAUCCAUUUUUCUGAUAGAAAGUGGUUGCAAAUGGUGCUUUUUGAUUUUCCCUACUAGUUUAAGAAUCCAUUAGCUCUCAAUUGUUCUGAACGGCCAUUCUAAUCUCUUAUGUUGUAUAGUCCUUUAGGUGUAAUAACUUCAAAUCAAGACGUGUUUUGUAAAAUUGAAAAAUUAGCAAUAAACUUGUAAAUGUUGCAUUUGUAAACUUGUAAAUUUCUUUUGAGAUUUA